CACCCCCCGGAUACUGCUGGUGUUUUUUUCUUCUUUUCUUCAAUACACCUUCUUACAAUAAAUAAAUAUGGCUGAAGGACUCAAGGUUGAUCCUGCAAUUGAACGCUGGGCCUCUCUUCGUGAAAACACACAUCUUUACUUUGCUUGGAACAAGAGAAACACCAGAAGAACCUUAGUUUGGGGUCUUGUUGUCCCUGUUGGUCUUACUGUACUCGCUUAUGCUACCGACCGUAAAUGGAAUUUUGCUGCUUCUCAAACCAAGGAAGACAUGAAUAACCAAAGAAAUUAAAUAAACAU